GCCUCGGCACCCCCGACUCCCACCACCUUCCACACACACCAUCCUUCUUUUUUUAAAUCUCCAGCUCUCGGUUUUCUCUAGAGGAGGCACAGAGAGAAAGCAGAGAUGGGACGAACAGGGAGAAUGCUCCUGCCUCUUCGGAGCCACCAGCUUUCAGAAGAGCGCGGCAGCCCCCCCUGCCUGUGGACUGACCACUGAAAGGCUGACACCAAUCCUGGCCCACAGAGGUGAUGAGGAAUGGAGGCUUCAGAACCUACCCACCCCACCCCGCCUGCCAGCGACCAGUCAGCUCCUGCUCCUGGUGUUCCGGGGGUCUCAGGUGGGCAGGCCUCACCUCGCCUGACCCUGGGUCCAGUCAUCCUGCCGCCAGAACAGAGCCUGCCCCCAACUGUGUUCCUAAAGGCCUUGCCUGUCCCACUGUACCACACGGUACCUCCUGGGAGCCUCCAACCACGUGCGCCCCUGGUGACAGGCAGCCUGGAGGGGGCCAGUGUGCCCUUCAUCCUCAGCCCCUUGCUGCAGCCUGAAGGGCCCAGUCCCACCCAGAUGGGCAAGCCAGCCACCUCGGCCCUGACCGUGAACAUCGUGGGCACACUGCCUGUACUCUCCCCGGGUGUAGGGUCCACACUGGUCAGCAUGAGCAGGCUGAAGAAUGCUGGGAAGUACCUGUGCCCGCACUGUGGCCGGGACUGCUUGAAGCCCAGUGUGCUAGAGAAACACAUCCGGUCCCACACGGGGGAGAGACCUUUCCCAUGCACCACCUGUGGCAUCGCCUUUAAGACCCAGAGCAACCUUUAUAAACACAGACGAACACAGACACAUCUCAACAACUCUCGACUGUCUUUAGAGUCUGAGGGAAUUGGGAGCAGCCUUCUGGGGGAUGGAGAUAGGACUGGAGAGACUGCCUCACUGGAGAGCAGGGGGGACGAAGGCGCGCCAGAGAGCACUCUUUCCCCUGGUGCCCACCCCACCCUCGCUACUAGGAACAGGGAAAGGAUGGUAGAAGCGGCUUCCUCUCUAGGGGCCAACCUUGCCCACAAGGAGGCUCCUGUGGACCAGCCCCAGAUGGUAUCACCCGAGUUUGCACUAGUCAGCCCGCAGCCUAGGCGGAAGUUGCCAGAAUCAAAGCCAUCCUCCCUGCAGAGACAGCAGGAGACAUGCUCAGAGAAGCCCUGGGACUCCAAGGCUGUGGAGGGCCAGCUGAGGAAGUGUGAGAGCACAGACUCGGGCUACCUGUCACGCUCAGACAGCGUGGAGCAGCCUCCGGUUGCCUCCAGCCCUUUGCACAGUCUGUCGGAGCACAGUGCAGAGUCUGAGGGGGAAGGAGGGCCUGGGGGCGGGUCUGCAGGCAACAGGGCAGAGCAGGGAACACAGGGAUCCAGCCUGGAGCUAGAGAAGAAGAGACUGGAGGAGCGCAUUGCCCAGCUCAUCUCCCACAACCAGGCGGUGGUAGACGACCCGCAGCUGGACCACGUGCGGCCCCGCAAGACUGUGCUAUCCAAGCAGGGCAGCAUUGAUCUGCCCAUGCCUUAUACCUACAAGGAUUCCUUCCACUUUGACAUCCGGGCACUGGAGCCCAACCGCAGGAGGGCUGCCCUCAGCCCAGCUCGCUCUACCUUCACGCCCCUGGAGAAGACCAGACCCCUUUUCUUCCACUCUGUUCCCACCCAGCUCUCCACCACGGUGGAGUGUGUCCCUGUCACCAGAAGCAACUCUCUGCCUUUCAUUGAGGGUUCUAAGUUGUGGCCAGAGUCACGGGACCCGCAGGAUGCCUUCCCUUUGAUGCAGAAGUCCCUGAGCCCCAGGCUCACCCCAGCCCGGCUGGGGGACCGCCCAGGACUGACCUUGACAGGCAUCCCCAGUGGUCACCCUCGGGCCCUGGUGAGGCAGGCUGCCGUGGAGGAUCUGCCCUGCACCCCUACUAGAGACCCCUCAGCUGUUGCCGAAGACCCAGAUGGAAAGAGAUCUGUGGUAAAGGAGGGGAUAGCGUGCAGGGGCAGGGCCAAUAGGAAGUACGGCCAGAAGAAACAAAAGAUGUUCUCUCAGGAGAAAUGGCAGGUGUACGGGAAUGAGACGUUCAAGAGAAUAUACCAGAAAAUGAAGACCAGCCACCAGGGAGGACAGAAACACAGGGACGUGAAGCAGGGCCAGGCGUCGGAACUGGACCUACCCUCCCAGGAAGAAGUGGUAGGGGCUGAGGAUGCAGGCCUGACUCAGGACAAUAGGGUCCCUGUCCUUGGGGACGCUACAGUAGGGACAAAGCCAGGACCUCUGGGAAGUUGGCCGUCCCUGGAAGGCUCAUUGGAGACCGAGUUUCCUAAGCAACUGAAGGCAGUGGCCAGAGCCAAGUCGUCUCCCACCCUUGGCAGCACAGACGCCCUUUGUCUGAACAGUAAGAGUCCUCUGCUCUCUCCGCAUGGGAAAUCAGACCUGGGAAGCCAGUUGCCUCCAGAGCCUGUGCGUCUCCAAGGAAGAGACUUAAAAGCCCCUGGGGUGGCUUUGCCAGACUGCAUUGGGGAAGUUACAAAAGAAACCUGCCCUGGAGACCAAACUCUCCUCAGACAGCCCAGUGGUGGGUCUGUGGGCCUCCAACUUGUAGAAGACAAGUUACCCUCAGAGAGAAAGAGACUGAAGGUGGAGGGGCUGGACCACCAGGAGCAACCAGGGCCUCUGGAAGCUGAGCCCUUGGGUAGCUCUGUUUGGGCUGACUCCCAGCCACCCCAGAAACAGGACAGUACCUCUGAGGAGGUCCUGAAUAGCUCAAAUGAGGGUAUCCAGCAUGUGACAAUGGCCCUGGAGUCUUCUAAUGCCUCCUCAGCUGUUGCUGCUGUCGCCCUGAGGUGGCCAGGGCUAGGGGACAAGGAUUCCACAUUGCCUUCUGUACCUAGGACUCCUGGGCUCCACUCCCUGCUCCCUGCCCAGCUCCAGGAUCCUGGCGUCCCUGCUGCUGUGUCAAGUGGCUCCUUUGCUCCUAAGUACCUGCUCAGGUUACCUCAGGGAGAGAAGCCCUCACCACAGGUUGCUCCAGGGCCUGGGAAAGGUUCAGACUCUCUGUGUACAAGUGCACAGCCUGAAGAACAGGCCCUUCUUGCUGAAUCAGAAUUGGGAGUGAAUGAGCCACCUAGAGCAUCCUCAGGCCCAGCUGAGGCAGGUGGCAGCCCAGAGGACCCUAGCUGGUCCAGGUCAAUGGAUGGAAGAGAAGAAACACAGACAGGAAGAGAGAAAAGAGACAGGACCAAUAGCAACAUCCCCACAGCUGAACUCUCCUCUGACCCCAACACCGGCACCACCCAGGAGACAGCUUCCGUCCUGCCUGCUCACACAUGUGACACUCAUGUGACCAAGGGUGUAGUGAAUGAGACCGAUGCCAUCUAUUGCCUUUGCAUAGACAGCACACCAGCAAAAGCUAGAAUAUACGACAAUCUUUUGAACCCUUGGACAUCGUCCCAGAAACUGGGGUCACCUAAGAAUGCCCUAGAAGGUCCUUCUUCAGAGACCAAGGAACGGCUGCCCGCCUGUUUUCCCUCGCAAACGCAUUAUUUCUUCACGUCUUUCACAAGGCCCCCGGGUUUACCCCUGGGCCAGCAGAAACUGGACUUGUCACACCAUGUAGGGACCCCCAAAAGCUGUGAAGCCCCAAGCUCCUUCCCCUCACUUAAGGCAGAGCCCCAACUCACCUGGUGUUGCUUGAAUAGCAGCCUGGCCCUGCCUGCAGAACAGCAGAGAGCAGCUCCCAGGGACUUGGCUUCAUGCUCACCUGAUGGGAGCCUCCAGGGUAAGAGCUGCAGAGUGCUGCCUCCCAAGAGCAGUGGAGGAAGGACCAAGACAAGCCAAGGAGGAGGAGGGACCACGCAGGCACCUGAGCUUUCCUACUCAACAGUCUCAGGAACGAGGGCCCAGGACCAGGUGUCCAGUCCACAGUGGAAGAAAGGACUAUACCAUAGGAGGGUAAAGAUAUCUCAUGAGAUCAACAAGAAGAAGAAACUGAGGCUUCAUUCCAAGAGAUAUGAAGGAAGUUUCUGGCAGAGAGCCAAACGACUGUGCAAGCCACCCUGGUUGCCAAGAAGAAGCUGUCUCCCCCACCGACUUGAGGGAUUGGAGCCACGAGGGACCCUUGGGAAGGCUUCAUCAGAAGCGGCAGGUCUACAUCUGCAAGGAGAGCCAUCCUGUGCCAGCGUAAACCUGCCUGUUGGUCAUGGGAGCAAAGAGAAGGAAGCUGACUGCCAACAAUCUUCAGAACCCAUCUCCCCUGGCACAAAAACUAUCUUGGAAAGAGACAGUUUGACUCUAAAGGAUGUUUCUCCAUCUGCUGGUGAGCGUAAUGACUGUUCUCAGGAGAAGGAUCAUGCCAAUGGGUCAGGACAAUCUCUGCCAUCCAAUGUAUGUUUGACAAUGUUUCAGGAAGAUCCCCUGCCCCAGGGCAAGGGUUCUGAUGUGGAACCCCCAGGGACUCCGCUGCCACCUUCCCAGGAUCAAGUCUCCGUAGUUGCCAGCCUGUGUAUCUCCCCAGAUGAUUCAAAGCUGCCUCCAUCCCUUAGAUCAAAAGGAACAUUUCCCCACCGUGACAUUGCUACCUCUGUGGCAGCCAUCUGUGUUCCUGCAGGGACACGAACAGGACACAGAACACUGAGGGGUCACAGUGUGGAGUCCCAUAUGGAGGAGACACUGGCCCAAAGCUCCCCAGAUAGAAGAGCCAUUCCAGAAAGCAUAGCGCAGGCACUCCUGCCUAGGAGACCUUCACCUAGCCCAAUAUCACCUGGAAGAACACGUUUAGAAAUGCUGCCAUCAGGUCCAGGUUCGACUAGUUCACACCAGGAGGAAGUGAGACCCCAGGUAGAUUUUCCCUCCUGGACCCAGCAUGGGCACAGGGAAGUGAGCGUCCCGUGUGCAGCUUUAGGAAGUGAGAGUAACACAUGUCGCACGGAAGGAUUCAUUACCCCUAAGAGUGUCAUGGCUCCUGACCAAGGACAACCCUCAGAGGACUCUGAAGCCCCCUUGAAGUCCAUCCGGAAAAGGAGUUUGGAAGGAAUGAGAAAACAGACUCCGGUGGAGUUGAGCGAUACCAGCAGUGAUGAUGAAGACAGACUGGUUAUAGAGGUAUGAUGUGCUUCAGGAGAAAGAUGGUGGCCAUGGCCAAAGACUGGGGAUGCUCAGAGAUAACAUCACCACUCACACAACAUCCAUAGACUGUGAAAGCCGUCUGAGGGUCCUUCAAGCCAGCUCUAACCAACACGACGCCCAGAGUCAGCCAUACUUUUCUUCAGCGUCUCUCAGACAGACUUUGGACUCUUCCACACUGAGCUGGAAGAGCCAAGAUGGCCAGAAUUACCAUCUCAAGAGGCUCAGCACACACAGCUCCAACAUGACACAGUGAUCCUCACCUGCCUCAUGCAGUAAAAGGACACUAACUGGAAGAGCCAUAUGUGACAUCGUUCCUGACCAGGGAGACCCACAGGGUCAAGUUCCUGACGUCUCCAUCACUAAGUGAAGAGUGGCAAAAACACUUGGGGUCACUGGGGUGGCUUGAGGAAAAAGGAUGGGGUACGAACUGGGCACCAAGAUGGUUCUGUGAACUUUGGAGACUAAGUCCAGAUGCAUUCAAAACUGGUCAGGGCCAGCCAGCCAUCCCAGUGGACAAUGUAAAUACGUCAUAAUGCCUAAGGCCCUUUUAAGUGUUGCACAAAUGGUCAGUACUUGUUUCUGUUCCAGUAACACAAGCACGUAUGGCCCUUGUACACGUGCCUUUCCUGUGAGACCCCCCCCCCAGUGCCAAAAAAGCCUUGUGUUUUUGUUUUUUCUUUUUUUAGAUCUUGCAAAGGAACAUUGCAUUAAGUCAGUAAAAUAGUCACUGCAAUGAGUCAUUUUUUUAAAGGGGGGAAAAUUCACUUAUUUCCCUCUGAUUAUUUUCGUCAUAUUGGGCUCUGAGCAAUUUCAAUUAGAGGGCUACAUUUUAGCAAUCUGUACAGAUUGAACUGAUGCCUGUUCCUCAUGAUGGAGUCUUUUAGGCUUCCUCUAGAAGCUUCCAGGACAUAAAACUAAUUGGAGUUCUGAUGCUGUUUUACAUCUUGGUAAUUUUAUUUUGGGGACUUGGUGUUAUUUUGCUGUCAAAUUAAAUCAGCCUUUGCGUUGGGCAUUUCAAAACAGCAUGGAUCAAAUCCCCCAGUAUUUCAAACCGGUGCACCCCUGUGCAGAGGCAGAUAGGUCUGCGUCAGCCAGCCCUCUACGCAGGCCCCAGGUUCCCAGACUUCCUCUUCGUCCCCUUAAGUGCAAGGGGGGGGAACUUGAAGAAGUUUACACUGUUCAUUCCUCUACAAUUUUAUACUUGCCUUGGUUUGAUUUUGUACAGUUUGUGAUUUCUGGCUGAAUGUUUGGCUUAACUCUAAGGUAAUGAUGCUCACGUGACAUCUUGUGCUCCCAGGCAAAGCAGCCACGAGAAGCAUCUCACACAUGUGAACCUGGUUUCCUAAGUCCUUACUGGGAGGAAGAUUGAUCCACUUUUGAGUAUUCUCAUGGCACCUUCCCAGCAUGGCUGUUAUUCACCGAGAACUUCAACGCCACAGCAAAAGCAGCUUCCUCUUAGUAGGUCCUUCUGUUUAUGGUCAUCACAUACAUGUUUAGAUAGCUCAGUGAUGGCAAACCCAGCCGACAGGAGUUGAAAAGAACUAGACGUCACCUCUGUAUGCUUCUUAAAGCAAAUGAGAAUGAUGCAGUGAUCUCUGCCCUUUGGAUGGCCUGUGCCAGAGAAGGGCAGCUGAGGAAGAGCUCUAGGGGAGGCACAGUCCUGACCCGGUCUUUGGCUGGGAGACCUUGGGGAUGGCUGUCUCUGUGCAUGACAGUGAGACCUGGUCAGAGGAGCUCACUUGUGUCUAUAGGUCUGAAUCCUGGUGGGAUUAGCUGAUUGAGAGACCAUGGCUCACUUUGUAGCUAUGUCUUCAUGGUCUGGAGAUGUCCCCAUGGAAGCCAUUGCUCCAGAGUAGUCAUUUUGGGGAACUGAUCCACAGAUAUUGUUAGGCUACUACUGCUAUGUAGUAUGUGAACUGAGGGAAGGGUCCUCUAACUCCUCCUGCACUGGAAUUCCUGAUUUAGGGGAGCAUGAGGCUCUUAAUCUCAACAUCAUGGGUUCAUGCCCCACAUUGGGCACCAUUUUACAUGAGGAGGCUGCAUUUAGUUUCCUGCCUGCCCAGACCCAAAUAAUCACACAGAAACUACAUUAAUUACAACACUGAUCUAUUAGCUCAGGCUUCUUAUUAACUAACUCUUACAUCUUAAAUUAACCCAUUUCUACUAAUCUGUGUGCUGCUGGUACAAGGCUAUGGCUUACUAGUAAGGGUCCCGUGUCUGUCACCUUUGGCAGCUCCAUGACAUUUCCCUGACUCCACCUGCUCUCUCUCUCUCUCUAUCUCUUCCGGUCUGGAUAUAUUUUGCCUUGCCAUAGGUCAAAGCAGCUGUAUUCAUUAGCCAAUAAAAGUAACACAUAUACAGAAUGAGAUCCCACAUCAUUGGAGUAUAAUCACCUACCUUAAAAAUCAGAAUUUAUAAAACAAUGAACAUAAAACUGAGUGGAAGAGAACAUGUAUGUAGGUGGAACUGGCUCCUUUGUCUUAGGAGGUACAGAGCAAGGGAAGAAAAAUUACCUUUCAGGUCAGUGGUUCUCAACCUGGGGAGUUGAGACCCCCUUGGGGAGGUCAAAUGACUCCUUCACAGUGUUAUCUAAGACCAUCAGAAAACACAGAUUUUAUAUUAUGAUUCAUAACAAUAGCAAAAUUACAGUUAUGAGUUAGCCACGAAAAUGAUUUUAUGGUUGGCGCUCACCAUAACAUGAGGGACUGUAUUAAAGGUCACACUGUCAGGAAGGUAGAGAGCUGCUGUUCUAGACCCUGAUUUCCAGGUGACUGCUGAAACCUAAGAGUGUCACCAGGCCCAUCUCAUAAGCACAGCCCUAAAAAGCACAUGAUGCCACAGUCACAGUGGGAGCACAGUCUCUUCCGAGUCACCACAGCCAGCUGCCACCCCUAGCCUGUAUCCAAUGGUGCAAAGUAUUGGUUCCGUCUCUUUAAAGCCCUGUGUCUAUGACAGAGACAGGCAGCUUGCCAGACCCCCUCCUCCACCUGGUCAUUUAGUGAGUGUCAAUCUUGCCAGGGGUCCUUUACUUUAAACCAACGUGAAUUUAUGAACAUUGUAUUUCGAUAGAUUUUUUUUUUAAUCAGACAUUUAUUUUGAAAGAUCUUGGGAGGAGCUAGCUAUUGAAAAAUAUCCUAAAGUAAGAUAUUGUUUCGUUUGGUUUUAAUGGGGAGUCCUUUAUAUAAUAUAAAUUAUAUGUAUACAUAUAUAUAAUAUAUAAUAUAACAUAUGGUCACUGAUUUUUAUAAAUCUAACUUUCUUAAGGCAAAAUACAAUGAUAAAAAAAUUAUAAGAAAACAUUUACCCAAAGAAUCCCAAACUCAGCUUGAGUUAUUAAACUUCUAGUAUUUCCAGUCGGUCCUUGUUGCCGUUUGACAAUACCCCAAGUACACAUCUCAUGGUGGUUCAGGCAAAGCCCAUCUAUGUUCAGUGCUGAGGAUGCAGCUCAGUGGAAGAGCGCUUGCCUAGCAAGCAUGAAGCCCUGGGUUCAAUGCCCAGCUCCACACAGAAAAAUGUUUCACAGCAAGGCCAGUGCAUUCUUUGCCAGCACCGCUACUCCAUGGACCUUCAUAUAGGAAGCUGAAGCAAUGGGUGCUUCAACUCCCUGCAUAAAUAUCAUCCCAGGACUACCAGCAGGGACUGUGAGAAAGACGGCUUCCGGUUCCUUGCCAUGCAAAUGUCAUUGCUCAUGGUGCCUGCCACUGGUCAUUGACUGUCCCCCUUAACUUCUGUGCCUGGCCACAUUUUGAGAUGCAUGGAGGGACAAGGCAUCUCUCUCCACUUGGCCAACUCUUAAAGAUUUGUGAGUUUGGGUGGCCAGCCUCAUCCUCCUUGUUGUAAGGUGCCAUAGGAAUCACUCUUUCCUCCUGUUAAGUCUAAACUUGGCAUUUUAGAGGAAAUGAAGGUUCAAGACCCAAGGCUUAGACCUCACAGUAACCAGGACAGUCUGUGGUGUUGGGAGAGGGAGAGAAACAGAGAAAGAGGGGAGAGAG